AUGGAAACACCAAUUACUAAGAGGCAUGUUAAAUCAAGGAUUCCAUUUUCUCCUCUUAGCCCAUCAUUGCGUCCUGGUAAAGCGCAAACACCAAAAUCAGUCAAAAAAGAACAAGAAAAAUCCGUUGUUUCUAUCCAAAAGGCAAUUAAGAAUGUUGGCUUGGUAGAAGAUAAAGUAGGUGAACUAGGUCUCAAGUUCAUUGAUUUCGGAGAGAAUAAAAUUAAAGCCGAUACAAUAAAAUCUAUUAACCAACAAUGCUCAUGCCUAAAUCUUAAUAAAAUCGAUUUACUUGCUUCACAAAUUCCAUUACUCAAAGAAUUACGCUCUUUAUCACUAGAAAAUUGCAAAAUUACAACUUUGAAAGGUUUUCCAAAACUCGAGAAUCUUAGAUACUUAUCAUUAAAUAAUAAUAAAUUGCAAAAUCUACAAGGUGCUGUAAUUCUUAAGAACUUGGAAUGCCUUAAGCUUGAUAAUAAUUUAACAAACUUCCCAGCAGAUCUUUCGAUUGCAGCUUUCGGCGCUAUCUCAUUAAGAGAAUACAAUGGAGAACUAUUAACAGAUGAAAUUUACUCAAAGGCAUUUUCCUACUCUCCAAUUGUUGGUUAUGCACUUAGAAACGGUCUUCAAACAGAUUUCAUACCAGACUCUAACGAAGAAGAAGAGCAACAAGAAGAGGAAAAUAAGAUCGAUAUAGAAAAAAUUGCAGUUGAUUAUCUUACAAAAGAUUUAGUUGAUUUCAUGACAGAAUGCCAAGUUGAAUGCAGAAAUAAACUCAAAAUUAAGAAGAAAGGUGAGGAAUUCUGCAUUAUCUGUCCAUACAAGUCAGAUUCAAUCAAAUGGUUUGUUCAUGAUGAUAUUGACUACGAAACUAAUGAAUGGACACCAAUAAAAGGCGAAUCAAGUGAUUCAUUACCAAUAACACUUAGCCUUCGUAUGCAUCUUGUCCGCUGCAAAAUUGUUUUUGAAGAAAGAAAAUUUUAUUUAUAUACACCACAGCCAGUUGGUCGUGACCUUAAGGAAUUAUGCAUCCCGUUCCCAAUUUCGCCAACAAUGACAGGAAUAUCUCGUGAUGGUUUCAUUUUGUCAAUCAAAGAUAUCGGAAUUCCAGCCAAGUAUUUAUGGAUUGACGGUGAUGAUAUAAUAGCUGAAAAUACAUCUAGUAUUACAUUAUCUUCGUCACUUGUUGGAAAACAAAUUACUUGCCAAAUUAAUCCAACAAUUUCGAAUUCAAAAUUACAGCUAUGUUCCUAUUUCGCACUUUCCAAUACGAUACAAUCCGUUCAACCGACAGUAAGCGGAAUCGAAUUCCCAGAAUCAAUUAUUGAAUUCGAACCAUUUACUAUUUCUCCUGUUUUUUAUCCAGGAGAAGAAGGAGAGUCAGAGAUUUACCUUGAGAAGGCAAAAUCCCAGCACGAAGAAUUCGUCAAAGAAUGCGAAAUUACGAAAGAUAAUUUCGAAAUUGUUCCAGAAUCUCAUUUAGUUGGUUAUUAUUUAAGAAUUUCAUAUACUCCUGUCACAAUUUCAGGAACAAAAGGAGAAACAAAGUAUUUCUAUUCAGCAACCAAAGUAUUACCUUCUGUUCCACAAUUCGUUGAUCCAUUCAUUGCAGGAGCACUUAAAACACACUAUUCUCUUGCAGCAUGCGCUACAUAUAUCGGUGGUCUUCGCGGAAAAUGCAUUUACAAGUGGUAUGUUUCAGAUGUACCAAUUACUCCUUCAAGGAAGGGAGUUAGAGGACUUCCAAUUGCAUGUGAAGAACAAAUAUUCACUCCUAAUGACGAGCACAUCGAUAUGUAUGUUGCUGUUGAGAUGACUCCAGUUCGAUUUGAUGAAUGCGUUGGUGAUUCCGUUUUUGCAUCAACAACAAAGAACAUUCAGAUGGAAAAGCAGCCACAAACAAUUGAACACACAGGAAAAGUCUUCUUAAACAACAAAUUUGUUUUUGAAGAAGAAUAUGAUUUUUAUAUUUCAGAUUCAUCUCAAGAAGAUGGAUUUGCAUUAGUCAAACAAGGUCAAAAGUUCAGUCCUAAAGAAGAAUACCUUGGAAGAAUGCUUAGAAUUGGAAAUCAAACAACAGAUACAAUUGUCGGUGAAAUUGUUCAGCCAUUACCAGAAAUCAGCGAAAUGACACUUGAUCCAUUUGAUGGUGGCAUUGCUAGACUUAAUGUUAAAGCAAAAGGCAUCAAUUGGGAAAGAAUUGAAGUUGCAUGGUUCAGAUUGAAGAACGAUAUCACAAAAGCCGUUGCAAUUGAUACUCCAGACUAUGUUUUGACACCUGAUGACAUUGAUGGUGUUAUUUUUGCAGUUGUCGUUCUUUUUGAUGAAAAUCACAACAUAAUUAAGAAAUAUAAGACCGAGAAUUCACCGAAAGUUCUUAGAAGUCAUCUACUUCUUCCUAGUAUUGUUGGAACAAUGAUUGAAGGUACAAAUGUCAGCAUUGAAUGCGACAUUGCAUGGGAUAAAGUUACAUGGUACAGAUCAAACGCUUUAACAUCAUUGGAAGCAAUUUCCACUGAAAAAGAAUAUACAUUAACAUCAGCAGAUGUUGGCUCAUUGAUCAAAGCUCAAGUUACUUUGAUACAAAAGAACAAAGGUGCAAAUGGAAAACCAGAAAAAUUCACAGUCAUGACAACAGCUGAUGAAUACGUUCGUUUGUAUUUCCCAUCUGUUAAAGUUUCUGCACCACAAGAGAUUUUCGAAGGUGAACGAAUUGUUCCAACAGUAAUAAGUGGAGAACCAGACAAAUACAACCAGUUCCAGUAUGAAUGGUUCAGGAAAUCAGAAAGAGGAACAUUAACAUCUAUUUCUGAUUCACUUGAUUAUAUUCCAACAAAAGAAGAUAUCGGUUGUUACUUGAUGUUCUCAGUUGCUGUAAUUGGAUCAGACAAAAGAACACCAGGACCAUACACAACAAUUGAUGUUGGCCCAGUUUCUGCACAUACUCCAGUUGCAGAGAAAGUUAAGAUCAUUCAAGGCGACAAUGGCAAUUUGUUUGUUUCAUAUGAUUAUUAUGGUGGUGAUGAAGGAAAGACAGAGAUUGAAUGGGUUGUUGUCACUGAUAGAUCACUUCGAAGCAUUGGAAAAACAAAGCAGAAGACUAUCAAGCCUCUUGAAAACAUGUUCGAGAAGAAUAUAUCAGCAGUUGUUACUCCAAUUCGCAGUGAUGGAACAAAAGGAAAUCCAGUUUUGGCUGAAAAACCAGUCAAUGUCAAACCUCUUCCAGUCAUCGAAUCUGCAACACUUCUCGUCAAGAAAGGAAAACUCGUCAGCGGAUCAGUAUUCCGUGUUAAGGUGAAAGCAUCACAUCACACAGGUAUCAAGUAUCAAUGGUUCCGUUCAGGCUAUGGCGACUGGGACAUUGUUGAAGGUGCAACAAAUGUCGAAUACGAACCUAAUGAAGAAGACAUUGAUCGUCUCGUCAAAUGCGAAGUUAUUGCAUACAAUAAAGAUGGAUGGACAACAGAUCCAUACAUUGUUGAAACACAACGAACUGUUGGUGAUGGCUCAGGUCUUUUAUUAUUAGGAAAUAAUGGAUCCGAUAUUUCAACAAUCGGCACAUUACUCCAUACUAAUCUUUCACCAGAAGAAGCAGAAAAAACAAUCACAUUCGAGAUAUAUCGCGGAAACAAACUUAUUGAUGAAGUUCAAGAUUCACAACUUUUGAUCACAGCUAACUAUGCAGGAGCAAAGAUUCGUGCACGCUCGACAAAUGGUUUGAUGACUCAAAUGACAGACGAAAUCAGCAUCUCUAAGAAACUUACAUCAUUUGUCAACAGUAUCUCGCGCACAAAUUCAUUCAAGUUCACAGCUACAUCUUCUGUUGGUAACUCAUUCUGGACUUGCACAAUUGGUCAAUCAGGUCUUUCGAUGGUAUCUAAGAAUGGUGUUAAGAAGAUGGCUAAGUGGAAGACACUUCAAGUUAAUUGUGUUUUCCAGACAGUUGAUGAGAUGGAACUUUGGGUUGAUCAAAGCACAAAGUUCAUCCUUCGUCCAGAACCAUCAUUAGACAGUCGUGCUCAAGCAGCUGUUACACCAGAAAUGCGACGUGAUUUCACUGUUUACUUAGUUAACUUGUUUAAAUCAAAGUUUGAAUCUUAA